AUGGACAAGCCUACGUUCAUGCAGAAAGAUGGCAGGAUGGCCGCGUCCCACCAAUACGAUCCAUGUAAUGCCAUAUCUGGCACCUCGUCCACCAAUUUUAGUCCGAUGAUCUCGGUGAAGACGAAGCAUCGUUCGAUCACUGACCUCCCAAUCGACAUCCUGAUCGAAAUAUUCAAGUAUAUUUAUUCUUUCUCACAAAUACUCGAAGAACAUGCCGAGUGGCCCUACCAGGAUAAUUCGUCAGACUCGCACCUCAAACUUGUAUCCACACGCUGGGAUGAACGUGUCGAUCUCCGCGGAUCGACGCUCUUCCCUGAUGCGCUCGCCUCUGUGUGCCGCCUGUGGCGGGACGCCCUCCAGCUUGUCUCUGUGUUCUGGACACGCGUCGUCGUCUUUGUCGACGACGAUCCUACCCCAAUGUCUAUGCUAGGCUCUCGCCUCGAGCUGUCCGCCAGCCAUCCUCUCCACAUCACUAUAAUGCGUCGCCCGACCUCACACCGGGAUGCUGACCCCCUCGAAAGGCGGCGCGUUUCUGACACAAUGUGUCUCCUCUAUCCGCAUAUCUCACGAUGGUACCGCUUCCAUAUCAACGUUCUGCAUGCAUCCUCGCUCCCGGUCCCACACGUCGAAUUGCAAGGAGAUGCAUUAUGCCUCUUCGAAAGGCGCUUCGAAUCCCAAAUCGACGAGAUUCAGUAUGAUGUCGCCGACUGGAUGCCACGUUUCAACGCUCCCGCCCUCACCGAGUUACGCAUGGACGGUCUGACAUUCCGCCGCGCGUUCCUCUUCUCACCAGCGUCCAUCUCCCACGUACAAGAGCUUUCUAUAACGCGAUACGCCCGAGGUCAUCGCUUGCUGUUCACCUUUCGCAAUCUCAUCGACUGCCUGUGUGCACUACCCAACCUUACGUGGCUGGACCUCGUUGACUUGGAUAUCUUGCCGGAGGUGGGCACUGGACCUAUCCUAGGGCUCUCGCGAUGUCGCCCAAGAUACUGCAAGUUCGAACUGCUGUCCAGCGCGAUUACGCGUUUGCUUUCCCUUUGCCUCCAGAACGCCAUCUAUGACCUGUCGCUCACACAGUGCACCAUCCCUCACAGGAUAGAUCUCAGUAGCGUGGGUGAUCUACGCCUGCAGAAUAUCGACCAUGACCAGGACCUCGAGCCACUUUUGCUCAAUUGGGACUCGGUUCACCUGUGUGUGCACUCGUGUCCGGGCUUUGGCGCUUCCCUUCUGAGUGCCAUGGCGUACGAGAUCGACGGGCACGAUAAUUGGCUAUGUCCACGGCUGACAAUCCUCGAGCUGCUCGAUUGCACCAACUUCACGAGCGCAGAUAUGCGUGCGAUGGUUCAGGCGCGCCACAAAGCCCACGCGGAAAGUGGCUUUGCUGAUGAUUUUGACGAUGAAUUCACCGUUACAUCUCUUACUCAUCUAACGGUCGUCGGCGAUAUGGAGCUUUGGUUGGCGGACAGGGAAUGGCUUGACCAGAAUGUUGACUAUGUGUCGUGGAAUGGGUGGUGUGGUGGUUACGCGCGUCAGACUGUGUAUCACAGGUCAUGA